UGUCAUUUAGGCGCAAUUUAACACCAAUUCAAUGUGGGUGUGAAAAUAAUAUUAGAAACUUUAUUAUCAAAAUUUUAUCUAAUUUGAAUAUUUAACCUUUAUUCAUUGUAAAUACAAGUGUGCAUUGUGUUUUUAUGUGCUAAAAAUAAUUAAUAUCCUAAGAAAGUCAUUAAAUAGUGGUGACGGCCGCGCGUGUUUAUAACAUUAGCAGCGACAAGAUAAUAAAACAAGAUGGCAGAAGCGGGGUUCCCUGGUCAGCACACUACAACAACUACAGUCACGUCCAGCACUGUAGUUAACACUAAAAUAAGAUUCGAUCAGUCCUAUAUAAGAACAGUGCCGGGAAUUUUGAAGAUUGUGCAAAUUGCGGCAAGUCUCCUCGGCUUCAUUUGCAUACAGUUCUCCCACCUCAACAACGCGGGCAAGGGUGCGUUCUUCAGCUGGAUAUCGAUGAUAGCCUUUUGGUUCACUGGCAUCUUGCUUGGUUUCUACCUAUUCCAUAUAGUGGAGAAGUUCUACAAGAUCCCGUGGUUGAGGAUCGAGUUCUUGUUCACGGCCGUGUGGACUGUGCUGUACAUGAUUGCGGCGAUACUGGCUGUUACGGUUGGGGACAAUCCGCAUUCCGCUGCUGCGUUCUUUGGUUUCGCGGCGAUGCUCGCGUACGCGAUCGACGCGUUCCUCAAGCUGCGGCUGGUGCGCGCGGGCGGGCUGGCGCAGGGCGCGCGCGUCGUCUCCAAGCAGACCACCGCCGUCUCCAGCCCGCCUCGCGUCGGCUACUAGCCGCCCGCCCGGACUGCCCAGACCGCCUCGCUCCCCACCCUUCCCACCCUACCCACUCCAUUCCCUCUUCUCAGUCCUUUCCUAUCUCUUAGCCCUAAGCAGGGUAACAUGGGGGGUGGUGAUCGCUUACCAUCAGGCGAUCCAGCAGCUCGAUUGCCCGCUAUGACAUAAAAAAACCUGCCUGCCUCUCAGGAUGCCCUGCGUUUUAGUUUAUGGGAUACUGUAACCUCGUAAUCGUGGUAAACAUUUGUUUAGCGACAAAGUUGCUGGCAACAUUGUGCGUUGCACAGUUGGAAAGGGCAUUUAUACAAAACUACCAACUACAUUUAUGCCCAUCCACAGUCUUAAUCAACUCUUUAUCAAUAAAUGUUCACCGUGAAGAUGAGUUUUUAGGAUUGUAUCCGGGGUAAAAUCUAUGUCUAGUUGAUUAAACAAAACGUAUAGUGAAUAUCAUCACACUUAACAAUGUAUUGGUUAGAAUAUGAUCUUUGUAACAAUCACAAUGGGCUGGAGUCAUUACUUAAUAUAAUUGGUCCUUCGAGCCGGAUAGUAUUAUGCACUGCUAGGGUAAACGGGUUUUCGCACUCUUGGGCUAUUGUUAUUCAUAUUGAAUGUUGUUUUUUUUAUAAUCUAAUAAGAUUUUCAAACCCGUUUCUAUUGUUGUAUGUGGGAGAACAUUUGAUAACACUGAUCCACCAAAAACGAUUUUUAAUGCUAUGUUAUGGCUUUCUGUGUUAGACAUUAAGAUCACAAUGCAAGAGAGAUUUUGUUAAUUUUUCUAGUCUUUACAUUCUUUUAAGUGAAAAUGUAAAGUUUACAUAGUUAUGUAAGUAAAAAUAAUAUAUAUUUGUAUAUCUUUAUUAACUCUAACCCAGCAAUAAGUAAAUGUACUUAAUUAAUUUUAUAAUCUGUAUAUGUAUAAUUAUUGUAGAAUAAGCACACCUGAACAUAAAAUUUAUUUUUUAUAACGUAUAUAAAUGCAUAAAUAAUAUUUUAUAAUGAUUGUAAAAUCAAAGUGCCUUAACUAAUACUAAUAUUCGGGUUUUAUCAUGAUAUGACACAAAACAUUUUAAUGAAACAGGGUUAAAAGCUCAAAGUUUGAAUCUAAAAGACCAUGACAUGUUUUAUAUUACUAACAUAUUUUUAUUUUUUUACGAUUUAAUUAAUAUCCAUAUUGUAUUAUUGGAUAAUUUAGUUUAUGGAAUAAAUAAUAUGUAGAGAAUAUUAAAAAUCUCUAUAAUUAUUGCGACAUUGAAAACUGGCAACAAGAAAAUUCCAAACGUAAGAAAUAUUUUAUACUUCUAAUAUUGUGACCCAAUAAGAGUAAAAUGUUUUAUAAAACAUUUUAUUUCGUUUUCACUUAUACGGAUUUAAUUCAUAUUUAUAGACACUAUUUGUACCUGUUUAUUAUAUUGUCAUAAAUGGAUAUAACUUACAAUACUAUUUAUAAUUUAUAAGACAAAGACACAAGAAAAAACUCAUUAUCAUUCAAUUUGUAUCUUAACAACAGGAUAAUUUCUUUUAAAGCCACUGAAAUAUAAAUAGUGUUGUAUAUUAAGUCAGUUUAUUAAGAGCUAUUAAUGAAUUUACUUUAGAUUAUUUUGUUAGAGAUUUUUAAUUGUUUUUAAUAUACACUAAUAGUGAGUGCCUUAUUAAACUAAACAUGUUUUUAUGAACACUUUAAAAGUCGUAAUUACAUCUAAACUAUGCUCAUUUUUAUGCACAAAAUUUUUUUUUAAAUACCAAAAAACUUUUUUCUAAAAAUCACCAAAGUUCUUGUGUUUUUGAUAUAAGGUACCUGGCAUGAUUUUUAAUUAUUACGUAUUAUAGCAAACUUCACCAAUACAUAUGUAAAGAUUUGCAUAUUGCACAAACUUGGCACUAGUAAAUUUUUUUGUUAUUUCAUAGGAGAAUUUGUGAGCACAAAUAGAUUAAUAAAGUACUAUAAUUUACGACUACUUAAUAUGACUUUUUUUUUCAGACUAAAGCAUUUUAACUAAUUCACAUAUGCAUUUGAUACCUGCAGUAUUUACGCUUUUGUUAAUAUUUUAAACUUUUAAAUAAAUUGUUAAGUAUA